GUGUGUGUGUAUGUGUAUGUGUGAAACAUUCUUUUGUACUGAAAAAAAAGUAUGACCUUGGUAGAACCGGGGAGUUGAGAAUGUCCCUUUAACUGUGGGACUGAAAUUGAUUUCUGUAUGUUUUCUGGUAUUCGUCCCUUUGAAAGGAGAACAAGAGCCAAGAUCACUGGCUGUAUUGUGGAGCUGUCACAUCUCAGCACUGAAAAGGUACAGUGCAAGUGAACUGAAACUGUCUUUAGCUUUCUAUUACACAUCGCCAAGAGCUUUGAGAAUGAUGAACGAAGUGAAUGGUUUAUUUAGGGCUAAGUGAGAUACAGAUCCCUCCAAUCUGACAGCGUCUCAGCCUCCGGAGUGAGGAAGCAGCAGAAGCAGCAGCAGCAGCAGCAACAGCAGUAGCAGCAGCAACAGCAGCAGACUCUGCUGAAGUCCAGUAGAAGAGACUUGAUCUCUAGCUCAUCCUGGAACUCCGUUUGGGAUCGUGCACUGUCCAGGGUCCUGCAACAUGAACCAAACUGCCAGCGUGUCCCAUCACAUCAAGUGUCAGCCCUCAAAAACACUCAAGGAACUGGGAAGUAACAGCCCUCCACAGAGAAACUGGAAGGGGAUUGCUAUUGCCCUGCUGGUGAUUUUAGUUGUAUGCUCACUCAUCACUAUGUCAGUCAUCCUCUUAACCCCAGAUGAACUCACAAAUUCAUCCGAAACUAGACUGUCUUUAGAAGAUCUCUUCAGGAAAGACUUUGUGCUUCAUGAUCCAGAAGCUCGGUGGAUCAAUGAUACAGAUGUGGUGUAUAAAAGCGAGAAUGGACACGUCAUUAAACUGAAUAUAGAAACAAAUGCUACCACAUUAUUAUUGGAAAACACAACUUUUGUAACCUUCAAAGCAUCAAGACAUUCUGUGUCACCAGAUUUAAAAUAUGUUCUUCUGGCAUAUGAUGUCAAACAGAUUUUUCGUUAUUCGUAUACUGCUUCAUAUGUGAUUUACAACAUACACACUAGGGAAGUUUGGGAGUUAAAUCCACCAGAAGUAGAGGACUCUGUCUUGCAGUAUGCAGCCUGGGGUGUCCAAGGGCAGCAGCUGAUUUAUAUUUUUGAAAAUAACAUCUACUAUCAACCUGAUAUAAAGAGCAGUUCAUUGCGACUGACAUCUUCUGGAAAAGAAGGAAUUAUUUUUAAUGGAAUUGCUGACUGGUUAUAUGAAGAGGAACUUCUGCAUUCUCACAUCACCCACUGGUGGUCACCAGAUGGAGAAAGGCUUGCCUUCCUGAUGAUCAAUGACUCCUUGGUGCCUACCAUGGUUAUCCCUCGGUUUACUGGAGCAUUGUAUCCCAAAGCAAAGCAGUAUCCAUAUCCUAAGGCAGGUCAAGUGAACCCAACAAUAAAAUUAUAUGUUGUAAACCUAUAUGGACCAACUCAUACUUUGGAACUCAUGCCGCCUGACAGCUUUAAAUCAAGAGAAUAUUAUAUCACUAUGGUUAAAUGGGUAAGCAAUACCAAGACGGUGGUAAGAUGGUUAAACCGACCUCAGAACAUCUCCGUCCUCACAGUGUGUGAGACCACUACUGGGGCUUGUAGCAGAAAAUAUGAAACGAUGUCAGAUACAUGGCUCUCUAAACAGAAUGAAGAGCCAGUGUUUUCUAGAGAUGGCAGCAAAUUCUUUAUGACAGUUCCUGUCAAGCAAGGGGGCCGUGGAGAAUUUCAUCACAUAGCUAUGUUCCUAGUCCAGAGUAAAAGUGAGCAAAUUACCGUGCGGCAUCUGACAUCAGGAAACUGGGAAGUUAUAAAGAUCUUGGCAUAUGAUGAAAACACUCAAAAAAUUUACUUUCUGAGCACAGAGUCUUCUCCCAGAGGAAGGCAGCUGUACAGUGCUUCUACUGAAGGAUUAUUGAACCGUCAAUGCAUUUCAUGUAAUUUUAUGAAAGAACAAUGUACAUAUUUCAGUGCCAGUUUUAGUCCCAUGAAUCAACAUUUCUUAUUACUCUGUAAAGGUCCAGGGGUCCCAGUGGUCAGCCUACAUAACACGGACAACCCAGAAAAAUAUUUUAUGUUGGAAAGUAAUUUUAUGCUGAAGGAAGCUAUCCUGAAGAAGAAGACAGUAAAGCCAGAAAUUAAAAUGCUUCAUAUUGACGACUAUGAACUUCCUUUACAGUUGUCCUUUCCCAAAGAUUUUACGGACCGAAACCAGUAUGCUCUUCUGUUAAUAAUGGAUGAAGAACCAGGAGGCCAGCUUGUUACAGAUAAAUUCCACAUUGACUGGGAUUCAGUACUUCUUGACUCUGAUAAUGUUAUUAUAGCAAGAUUUGAUGGCCGAGGAAGUGGAUUCCAGGGUCUAAAAAUCUUGCAGGAGAUUCAUCGAAGGAUAGGUUCAGUGGAAGUAAAGGACCAAAUAACAGCUGUGAAAUUUUUACUGAAACAGACAUACAUUGACUCCAAAAGAUUAAGCAUUUUUGGAAAGGGGUAUGGUGGCUAUGUUGCAUCAAUGAUCUUAAAAUCAGAUGAAAAGCUUUUUAAAUGUGGCUCAGUGGUGGCACCCAUCACAGACAUGAAGUUGUAUGCCUCAGCUUUCUCUGAGAGAUACCUUGGUAUACCAUCUAAGGAAGAAAGCAAUUACCAGGCAUCCAGUGUGUUACAUAACAUUCAUGGCUUAAGAGAAGAAAAUAUAUUGAUAAUUCAUGGGACUGCGGACACAAAAGUUCAUUUCCAGCAUUCAGCAGAAUUAAUCAAACACCUAAUAAAAGCUGGAGUGAAUUAUACUAUGCAGGUCUAUCCGGAUGAAGGUCAUAGUGUAUCUGAGAAGAGCAAGUAUCACCUCUACAGCACAAUCCUCAGAUUCUUCAGUGAUUGUUUAAAGGAAGAAAUACCCAUGUUACCACAGGAAUCAGAAGAAGAUGAAUAAUGGACCCUAUUUAUAUUGGACUGAAGGAGAUAUUGAGGCUCAAUGAAACCUAACCAAGAGACUGUAGUAUUAUUGCAGAUGCUCCAGAAUUUCAAGGGCAGCUUAAGGAGAUGACAGGGGAACAGCACAGUCAGAGACAAUGACCUAGAAUUUGAAUACAGAAGUCCAAGUCUACUGUGUUGCCAAGGGUGCAGAACCUGUUCCUUUGUAGAAAGAAGGUCAAAGGGUUGGUUUCCUGGGAGAAAUUAGUUUUGCAUUAAAGCAGGAGCAGUGCAUGUUUUCUUCUGUUACCCCCCUGUUUGUUCUGUAACUAGUUGCUUUCAUUUUAAUUUCAAUGGCCACCCUUAUCUUUGCAUAUAAUGCACAACUUACCAAUACAAUGGUCCCUGAUCUCUGAUGGCUGAGCUGCAGUCUAACACUUUACUGUAUCCUUUACAAUAAGUGCAAUUCUUUCAUUGUCUAUUAUUAUGCUUAAAAAAUGUUUAGUUAAUAAAAAUAGAGUAUUUUAUGUAGUUCCUGUUUUUAAAAAUGGGUCAAAGGACAUGUAGAAGUACAGAUUUCAGCACCUUCCAAAGUUCAGUCAUUUAUCAGUAGAUACAAUAUCUUUAAAUCAGCACACAAGUGUAUGCCUCACAAUAUAUAUACACACGUGUGCAUAUGCAGUCUAUAGAACUCUCUAUAUAUGUUAUUCAUGUGAAAAGGAUAAAAUGUUGAUGAAUUAGAAAAGAUGCUCUUUUACAGACUAUAAUGGAUGCUUUGUUUAAUGAGCCAAAUAUAAUGAAACAUUUUUUCCAAUUCAAAUUCUAGCUAUUGCUUUCCUAUAAAUGUUUGGGUUGUGUUUGGUAUUGUUUUUAGUGGUUAAUAGUUUUCUAGUUGCAAUUUAAUUUUUUGGAUAUGAUACCUUGUCACAUGUAAAUUAGAUACUUAAAUAUUAAAUUAUAGUUUCUGAUAAAGGAAUUUUGUUAACAAUGCAAUGCCACUGACUGCUAUUUUGCUCUUUUGGUGGAGAAGCGUUUUUAAAAAUACUUGGUCCUUUUACUUCUAUCUCUUGAUGCACAAUCAAUUCUCAUUGUCAUUGUAAAAGCAAAUAACUUGAUUAUUUCAUUUGCCAGUUCCUAUUUAGUAUUCUAUGCCUGCCCAAUACAUCUGUUACCAUUUAAUUUAAAUCCUUCUGGUGAGAAUAAGAAAUGAAAUAUUUUUUAUUCAUUGGCCAAAUGUUCUCAAAUAGCAACGUUUGCUAUUUAUUUUGAAUUGAUGGCAAGAAAUGCAUCAAUUCCUGUGCUAUGUUGAAUUGCAGUAGUAAGUAACUGAGAGUGAAGAAUAAACUUGACUGUAUGAAGUCUAUUUAAAUCAUGAGAAUAUUAACUUUGGUGACUUAAGUCCAAGUGUAUCUUCUCGCUUCACUUUAGGAAUCUUCCAGACGAUGUCUAAAAGUCUGCAGCCAGCCUUCAAAGUUCCCAUAAACGUAAGCAGUGUACCAUGUUUUGUGGUUUAAGACAGUCUUUAGGGCAGACUAGAUUACCAUGAUGUCAAAACAACAAAAGGAACCACAAACAUAUUAAGAAUUUCUUUAGUCACUCACCUGUUUUAUGGAAGGAUCAAAAAAAAACACUGAAUAUUUAAAAACAUGUGAAUCAUUGAUUGGAUAGUCCAUUUUUCUUCUGGAUACUUUGGAAUUGUGUCUUCAUGCCCCUCUGGAUUCAAUUUAAAAUGGGAAAGAUUCUCUCUUUUGAAAGACCCUUUUCAGGUGUUUUUCACGAAUGGUAAACAAUUAAAAAAAAAAUACGUUUUAAUGUUUAAAAGGAAAAUUUGCCUAUUUUAUUAAGAUGGAAAUUUCUUCUUAGGCUGAUUUGAUGUCCAACGGAAGCUUUUUAAUCAAUAUUUUAAACUUCAAGCAGUAGAGUUUUUUAUGAUGCAAAUACUUAUGUUGUCUGAAAGGUGGUUUUAUUGGAUGUUUAUUUGAGUAACAUUUAAAAAAGUAUUUACCUUUUACUGU